AUGGCCCCGAGUGGGGUCUCCCCAACAGGUGGGGGAGGCACCCCCGGGCUGCUGCAGCCCCGCUGGAAGCGGAUGGUGGGCUGGUCGGGCCCCGUGCCUCGGCCCCGCCACGGCCACCGGGCUGUGGCCAUCAAGGAGCUGAUCGUGGUCUUCGGAGGGGGCGACGCGGCCAUCCUGGACGAGUUGCAUGUCUAUAACCCAGCUCUUCUGGCUGCAGCCCAGAAUGUGACCCAAAGGGCCAAAGAAUUUCUGGAACAGUUUAAUACACGCGCAGAAGAUCUAUCUUACGAUAACUCACUCGCUUCAUGGGAUUACAAUACCAACAUUACAGAAGAGAAUGCUGGGAAGAUGACUAUCAUGAACUCCAAAUGGUCAACAUUUUAUAAAGAAUCCUCCCAAAAUGCCAGUUCUUUUGAUGUGAAUAGCAUUUCUGACUCUCUUGUCAAACUCCAGAUUCAGUCUCUGCAGGACAAAGGUUCCUCAGUAUUAUCAGAAGAAAAACAGAACAAACUGAACAGUAUUUUAAAUACAAUGAGUACCAUUUACAGUACUGGGACGGUAUGCAAGCCGGCAGAUGCCUCUACAUGUUUGCCCCUGGAACCAGGUCUGGAUGUUAUAAUGGAUAACAGCAUUGAUUACUCAGAGAGAUUGUGGGCUUGGCAAGGGUGGAGAGCUGAUAUCGGCAAGAAAAUGAGGCCUUUAUAUGAAGACUAUGUUGAACUGAAAAAUGAGGCUGCAAGGGGAAAUAAUUAUUUUGACUAUGGAGAUUACUGGAGAGGGAAUUAUGAAACAGAUUAUCCAGACUAUCAAUAUAGUCGUGAGAAGCUGAUGAUUGAUGUGGAAGAGACAUUUCAACAAAUAAAACCAUUGUAUGAGCAGCUUCAUGCUUAUGUGAGAAGUAAUCUGCAGAAAACAUAUGGCCCACAUCGCAUUAACUCAAAAGGAUGUCUUCCUGCUCAUUUGCUGGGUGACAUGUGGGGUAGAUUUUGGACAAAUUUAUAUCCUUUAAUGAUUCCCUAUCCAAACAAACCAAAUAUUGAUGUGUCUAUGGCAAUGGUUGAGAAGAACUGGAAUGUAACAACUAUAUUUAAAGCUGCAGAGAAUUUUUUUGUCUCAAUUCACCUCUACAACAUGACAGAGGGUUUCUGGAAGAAUUCUAUGCUUGAAGAACCUAAUGAUGGCAGGAAAGUUGUCUGUCAUCCCACAGCCUGGGAUUUGGGAAAAGGAGACUACAGGAUCAAGAUGUGCACUAAAGUGACUAUGAAUGAUUACCUGACAGCACACCACGAAAUGGGGCACAUUGAAUAUGAUAUGGCCUAUGCCCAUCUUCCUUAUCUGCUAAGAAGUGGUGCCAAUGAAGGAUUCCAUGAAGCCAUAGGAGAGAUCAUGUCACUUUCAGCAGCCACUCCAAAGCAUUUGAAAUCCCUUGGUCUUAUGGAUCCUCACUUCCAGGAAGAUGAUGAAACUAAGAUCAAUUUCCUGCUCAAACAAGCCCUCACUAUUGUCGGAACUAUGCCUUUUACAUACAUGCUAGAGAAAUGGCGGUGGAUGGUGUUUAAUGGUACGAUCCCAAAAGAACAAUGGAUGAGAACAUGGUGGGCAAUGAAGCGAGAUAUGGUGGGUGUUGUUGAGCCAUUGCCUCAUAAUGAGGCAUACUGUGAUCCUGCAACUCUCUUUCACGUAGCCAAUGACUACUCUUUCAUAAGAUAUUACACAAGGACUAUUUAUCAAUUCCAGUUUCAAGAGGCACUUUGCAAAGCUGCUAAUAACACGGGUCCCCUUUACGAAUGUGACAUUACUAAUUCGACAGCAGCUGGCCACAAGUUGCGGGAAAUGCUUGCCUUGGGGAGAUCUGAGCCUUGGACCAAGGCUUUACAAAUUGUGACAGGAGAAAAGACAAUGAAUGCAACUCCACUGCUUCACUACUUUGAGCCUUUAUAUGAGUGGUUGAUAAAGAAUAACACAAACAGAUUUGUUGGUUGGGAUACAGCCUGGUCUCCAUAUGUCAACGAUUUUAUCAAAGUGAGAAUCAGUCUGAAAACAGCACAGGGAGUCACUUACAAAUGGGAUGAAAAUGAAAUGUAUUUAUUCACGGCAACAAUUGCCUAUGCCAUGAGGAAGUACUUUUUACAGGAGAAGGUGGAAACCAUAGAAUUUCGAAGUGUAAAUGUUCAUGUGUUUGAUGUGACAGAAAGAAUCUCCUUCCUGUUUAUUGUCACUAUGCCUAAUAAUGACUCAGAAGUUGUUCCCAGAUCUGAAGUGGAAGAAGCAAUCAGACAAUCUCGUGGACGCAUCAAUGACAUUUUUCAACUGGAUGACCAAACUCUGGAGUUUAUUGGUAUUGUUCCAACAUUGGCACCACCUUUCACACCUCCAGUCACUGUGUGGCUGAUAUUAUUUGGAAUUGUCAUGGGUGUUGUUGUGGUUGGGAUCAUAAUCUUGAACAUCAAGGGGUACAGGAGCCGGAAACGAAGAAGAAACGCAACCGAAAAUGAGUUACACCAACCAAUUUCAGUGAACUCUCAUGACAGCAGUGGAGAAAUGAACCUAGCUUAUCUGCAAGACGACAACAGCGGGGAAAAGAAUCUUGACAGCAAUGGAGAAAUGAAGCCAGCUUAUCUGCAAGAUAAUGACUGCUCAUCAUCAUUCUAA